AUUAGGUACCUCUAUCUUUCAGUUCACGCUAAAUAUGUGCUGUAUAGUUUCAUAAAUCAUAUUAUUAUUAUUGUUAUUAAUAAUUAUGUCAUAUCACAAAAUAUGAAAACAUUUUGUCUAGAUACCUGUCCUAGUUGAUACUGGAUUUAUUAUUUAGUGAUAUGACAUAACAAUAAAUAAUAAUAUUAUGAUUUCAAAAACUGUAUACCAAUUAAUGUUGACAAUGUUGUCAUAAUCAGAUUAAGUGUUGUUUCUAUAAACUAAUGAAGAUAUAGGUCUUUAUAUUAAUAUUAUGGAGUAUUAAUAUAGUAUUAUUCGUAUUUUCUUCGUGGUUACAAUCAUUGACUAAUAGCCAUAACAGUUUUACAUUAUUGCAUUUGGUUAGGUUAGGUUAUGUUUAUGGUUACAGCAUUAUGUUCUACGGACGACGGUAGAUAUAAUUAUUUAAAUGAUAAUAAAUUACUGGCCGUCUGUAUUUUCAAAUAAAAUCAAAAGUAACUACUUAUUAGUAACCAUGUAAAAUAAUGUCUUCUAUUUUUUAAAACGAAUUUCAAACUGUAAAAACACAAACAGACUAUAAAAAAUGUUAGUUUUUUAUUAUAUGUUAUAUUAAUAAAAUUAUAAUAAUCUACUAUAUGGACCUGCAACAGUUUUCGUUGUCUUACGGUGGUGACAAUUACGCCGGAGACUUCUACUCAGAGGAUUACUACGAUUUUUACGAUGAUCAAUUAGAAGAUGGAAAUCAGGAUUAUCAGCCAAAUGUGAAUUCAAAUAUUCAUAGUGGACCUACGUUUUGGAGCAAUCUAUCUUUUUACCAGUUGUGUGCACAAUGUGUUGUGCCUGCCAUUGGGAGUACUGGAAAUCUACUGGGAAAUACUCUUAUUCUGUGCAUAAUUUUCAGAUUAUUCAUUGUUAUAAGCAAUAAAAUCCAAGUGGUUCCUGAAGCAGUCUUACACACAGUUUGCGCCAUAUGUGGUGUUCUACCGUUAAUUAUAUUUCAUGAAGAUGGAGACUUAUAUCAAUUAUUACUACAAAUUGUGUUGUACCCUAUGUUCUGUUACAUAGUGUCUAUAAUAUGUAUAUUGACUUUAAAACGUCAUUCCUCUAUUGUGUUCUCUGUUAUAAUCCUAUUUACAUUAUUCUAUCGUGAAUGUUUUACAAAUGAUUCAAAGUGGCAAAAAACCAAAAGUGCUCAUAUGCUAAUGUCAAUGAAAGCAAUGGCAAUAUUAUUUGAUAUUCAAUCAAAUAAAUUAAAUAAGUUUCCUUCAGUUCCUCAGUAUACAGGUUACAUGAUGUGCGCAGGAACUGUUUAUCUGGGUCCAUUUUUAACAUUUCAAGAAUACUCAAAUGCUUUUUCUUUAUCUGUUUAUUGGAACAAGACCAAAGUUUGUCGUUUAUUGUGGAAAAUAACAAUUUCGUUGCUUUGCUUUGUUUUGUCAAUUUGUGUGGUGGAUUGGCUGUUCAGCCAAUAUUUGUCUACCAAUAAUAAAAGCAAUUCAAUUAUUAACAUUUUUCUAACAAUGUACAAACAAGCUUUGGAGUUCCGUACUGGUCAUUAUUUUGUAGCCUAUGCGUCUACAGUAUUUGCAACUGUUUGUGGGUACCACAGUGAAAACAACAGUGAAAUAUUAGUAACCCACCCAUUGGUUAUGGAAUGGCCACGAUCUCUUUUACAUGUUGUUGUACAUUGGAAUGCACCAAUGCACUAUUGGUUGAAAAAAUAUGUAUUUGAAGAAGUACUGAAAUAUGGCAAUAAAAAUAAAAAACACAGAAACAGAAUAAUUGCUGUAGGGACCACAUAUUUAGUGAGCUCACUAUUACACGGCUUAGAACGGCGUUUAUCAGCUGUAUUACUUUCUCUUGCUGCUUAUACAUAUGUGGAACACAGAAUGCGUACAAAAUUGGCAUCAAGAUUUCCAAACAAAUUUUCUUAUUUUGCGAAAAACAAAUAUCCUCACCAUGAUUCAAAAACAUACUUAAGUAGUUUAAACCAAUAUAACUGGUACUUUUGGAGUAUUAACAUUAUGUUUACUGUUUUAAACAUUAUACAUUUAGCUUAUCUUGGUUCGAUAAUUGAUAUGUCUGUAGGCAACUCUUACAAUACCACCUACCAAGAAUCUUUUGCUCCUUGGAGUCGAGUAUCUUAUUUUAGUCAUUUUAUAAUGUUGUUUAUGUUUUUUAUUAGUAUUAUAUUAUAAAUCAAAAUUUAUACAUAUUUAUAAGUAAAUCAUUUAUAAACAUAUUA